ACAAUAGGAUAUAAUGGGAACGGAUUGGCUCCGGCGCUAUUUUUUACCGGAGUCGGACCGGAAACGCAACGAUCACGCAUGCAGUGUACUUGGGCCUUUUCUGGUACAGCCUUUAAUGCCACAUUAAAAUGCCAUGUUUUAAACAAAACAACAACAACAACAAAAAGAUUUUCUCAAGUUGCAGGCAAAAAGUAACUUCCACUGUCAGAGAUCGGCAUCAAUUGAGAGGAUUUGCGGGUUUGCGGCUACGAAUGGCGCGUAACACCCAUAAUGCACCACGCGCAAUGACGUCACCUGCAAAAAAAAAUUGUCAGCGUGUUUUUAAAAUGUUUUUUUAAAUAGAUUUUUUGCUGACUUUUGCCCAAAAUGAACUGGAUGGGCGGAUCGAGGCACCGGUGGAAGAUGAAAAAUGAUGCGAAAAAGCAGCGGGAAUUCUUUGAAAAAAGGCGAAUGCAAGAUAAACUGCAAAAACUAGACGCUGGCACGUCUUCCUCACCUAAACUCAGUACAUCCUCUCCGAAAACAAGUUUGGACCUUGUCUCGCUGCAGGUGGUCAACCAGAUAACUAAAAAGAAAAAGGGUAAAGAUCGUUUAGCAUCAGUACUGAGCUCCAAAGGAGGAAAGAAGCAGGGUAUCAACCCAUUGAUAUGCCCUAUGACCCUGGGCUCUCUAUCCCGGCUGAGUCCGGUGGAGAGUCAACCUCAGUGCAGUGAGAUGAGACGGCAUAUUUCACCAAGUUCCAAGAUUAGGGAAUCAUUAGUUGUGGAGCGCUCCUCUCUUAAACCCAGCACACCUGACUACACGCCUCACUUUCCGGACUCCAUUAGCCUCUUCACGUCCUCGUCCCAUUUGUCAGGCCAAGUUGGAAGAAUUUUCCAGGAGCGAGAGCACACCCAGCUGUUUGCCGAGUGGUCCCCUGCACCUUGGGAAGGAACGAAUCUGGACCAAAACACGUUUCCACCUUUUUAUGAGCCCAAAGCGACAACUAAAGACUCUAUAUGGUCCUCUAACCCGGCUACCCCUGUAUCAUCCAUUUUUGGACCUCCAAAUGCAUCAACUCAAGACCUGAGUUAUGUACACCCCUUCACAAACCACGUGUCACAAAUUGAACCCCCUGUGGACUUCACUCAAAACCAGAGAGGGGGCGAGCAGCAAUUUGACGAGAAAGCCUUUGAAGAAUUCCUACAAGAAAAUGACACUGACGAUCAACGUUCUGGGCUUGAAAACUCAAAUAUAUAUCUCGAAGAUGACGCCUCAGCCCAAGCUUUGAUCCCACAAACUGUCCCCGAGCCACAGGCUGUUAGUAUGCAGCUCCCUAAUUGCGGCUUGAACCUCACAUACCCAAUCAACACUUUGGGGUAUCCAGCAACUUUCCCUUUAAGGAAGGGUUGCCUGAGUUCAGAGUCUAGUGAUGAUGGAGAAUGUAAUCAACACAGAUUUGCACCGAGACCAAAAGUGUGUGAAAUUCAACGUAACGAAACAAGAGACGCAGAAACUCAAACCCUCCAUGGGUCCACUUUUGAAAUUUGCCAUGUUGCCACUCAGUGCAACUUGUGGACAUCCCCCCCUCCAACUGUUUUGACACAACAGCAGGAAGCCACCAGGGGGCACUCUUUGGGCAUUUUGCAAAAGAGUAAACAUUAUGUGAGUUUACACAUGUCAUUACAGAAAAUCUUCAAAGGUAUAGUUGUUAGAAGACCGCCCAGACAUGGAAAUUCAGGCGUGCAGCAGGUCCCCGUGGAGAAAUCUGUCACAAUAGAAGCCAGGUUAGACCCCGCCAUGAACUGCGUGGAAGUGGAUACCCACGAACUCACUAACAUUUUGCUCAUGCUGAAGCAGCGACAUCAGGGAAAUGAUUAGUGAAUCAAAAAUACCUUUUCUUGCAUUACUGUUCUAAUAAAACAUUUCUUGUUCACCCCA